AGAGUGAGAGACUAUAAAAUCCUUUCGGUCAUUAAUCAGGCGCUGAACUGGACCAGCACAGAAGUUUUGGCGCGGCCCCACAGUCUCCGGCUUCACACACAGCACGUCAGCUCAUCUGAUGGUCCGCACUUUGUCUGACACGGGAUUAAAGGGACCUGAUUCCGCGGCGAAAUGCCCCCAAAAGAGCCACAUCUGACCGGAAUACAUCCACUGACUGCAGCUUUAUGAGAUUCUAGAAUCGGAAAUGUUGCUGAGGGGAAACCCGGGGAGAGGAGUGGGGAUUUGCCUUCUGCUACUGGCUCUCGUACACGAGGCAACGGGCCAGAGAAAAAAAGCAGGACAAAGGAACAACUACAGGCUGCAUGAUGAUGGCGUAGGAGAUGGUCGGACAUGUUUACUGGAGGUGGUCUUCAUCCUGGACAGCUCUGAGAGUGCAAAAAUAUUCCUGUUUGAGAAGCAGAAGUCCUUUGUCUUGGGCUUUAGCACACGGCUCUCCAUGCUGCAAGUUGGAGGCUGGACGCUACAGGUGCGAAUGGCUGCGCUUCAGUACAGCAGCUCCGUGUCCAUAGAGCAACGAUUCUCAGCCUGGAAAGACCUAGAUUCAUUCCACGGUCAAGUCAGCACCAUGAACUACAUUGGCCACGGCACCUACACCACCUAUGCCAUCGCCAAUGCCUCGCAGCUGCUGGUGCAGGAGACGCUGGCAGACAGCAUCAGGGUUGUAGUUCUGAUGACAGACGGGGUUGACCAUCCCCGCAACCCUGAUGUGAUCGCAGCUGCAACAGAGGCCAAAGGUCAUGGCAUUAAGUUCUUCACUGUGGGGUUAUCGGAUGUCUCUCGGCAGAGUCAGAAUAACGCCAAACUCCGAGCCAUUGCUAGCACGCCCGCUCAGCAGUUUGUCCAGAGUCUUCUUGAUGCUCAGCUGGAAGAGAAGCUGCUCAAAGAGAUGGGUGCAGUCGCACUUGAGGAGUGUCCACAAGCCCAAGUGUGUUUGUGUGAAACAGGAGCGAGAGGCCCUCCUGGAAGUCCGGGUAGAAAGGGAGACUCUGGCUUCAGAGGGCCACCUGGUUUAAAAGGAGCGAGGGGGGAGUCUGGAUUGAACGGUCGACCUGGAAGUGAUGGUCUAGAGGGUCGUCCAGGUUACAAGGGCAACAAAGGGGAGAGAGGAGACUGUGGCACUCAAGGAGAAAAGGGUCACAACGGACCUGAGGGACCUCCAGGCCCACGAGGUUCCCAAGGAGAACAGGGUUCAGUCGGACAACCAGGAGACAUGGGUCCUGAGGGACCAGCAGGAUCUAAAGGAGACAGGGGACCCAGUGGCGUCCCUGGUCCAGCAGGGGACAUUGGUAUUGGAUUCCCAGGAGACAAGGGUGAAAAAGGUAUCCAUGGAAGACCAGGUCCCACAGGUCCUGCUGGGAUAGGAGAACCAGGACUACCAGGUUCUCCAGGACCACCCGGAGCACAAGGAUAUCCUGGACCGCCUGGAGAAGGGUUUGCGGGACCAAAGGGUGAUCAAGGAUAUCAGGGUGCAAGGGGCAAUCGUGGGCCCCCCGGUGUCGGGGUCAAAGGUGACAAGGGCAGUCUCGGACCACCUGGGAUUCCAGGUCCAAUUGGAGCUCCUGGUUCAGGACUUCAAGGAGAAAAGGGUGAUCAAGGCCAGGCUGGACCUGCAGGACCCAGAGGAGCGCCAGGUAUCGGAAUAACAGGACCUAAGGGGAUUCAGGGCUUCACAGGUGAGCCUGGACUGCCAGGUGAGAGAGGGCUGGGAGAGCCAGGACCCAAAGGUGACCCAGGGGCUGAGGGGUUACCAGGUAUACCAGGUCAACCAGGAGAGGAUGGAGCCCCGGGACAAAAGGGCGAUCUUGGGUUACCUGGACCCAGGGGACCGGACGGGGCUCCGGGUAAAGGCGUCCCCGGAGGGAAGGGAGACAGAGGGGACCGGGGCACCAGAGGCCUGUCAGGUGCAGUUGGUCCUGUGGGGCCAAUGGGGUUGAAGGGUGAACCAGGAAGUGUCGGGACACCUGGCUCAACAGGACCGCCAGGGAGGGGUAUACCUGGUGCCAAGGGUGAAACGGGUCGACAAGGUCCAGCUGGGGCCGUGGGAGAACCAGGGAUGGGUUUAGCUGGGCCUAAGGGCGACAGAGGGUCACCAGGACCUGCUGGCCCAUCUGGACUGAAAGGUGAAGGCUUCCCUGGUCCUCCAGGACUUCCAGGGCCUCCUGGGAUGAUCGGAGAGAUCGGACAAGAAAGUGUUGGUUUACCUGGACCAAAGGGAGACAGAGGUUUACCUGGACCUCCUGGACCUGCAGGGCCAGCAGGAAUCGGUCUCAUUGGUCCCAAGGGUUCAGUUGGCCAAACAGGACCACUGGGUCCACAGGGUUUACCUGGAGAGGGCAUUCAAGGACAAAAGGGGGAGCCUGGAUUUCAGGGGAUCUUAGGCCCUAGAGGUCCACCUGGACAAGGUCUGCAGGGGGACAAGGGGGACCGAGGGUUGAGAGGGGAGAAGGGCAAUAAGGGAGGCGGGGGAGGACCUGGACUACCAGGACCCAUCGGACCUCUGGGUAGAGUGGGACAGAAGGGAGAGCCUGGACUUACCAGGGAGGAAAUCAUCAAAAUAGUGAGAUCCAUAUGCAGUUGUGGAGUGACCUGCCGCCAAACCCCCUUGGAGCUCGUCUUCGUGAUCGACAGCUCGGAGAGCGUCGGCCCCGAGAACUUCAACGUGAUUAAGGACUUUGUGAACGCUCUGAUCGACCGGGCUUCCGUCCGCCGAGAUACCACGCGGGUCGGCGUGGUCCUCUACAGCCACCUCAACGCAGUGGUGCUCAGCCUGGGACAGGAAGCCACCCGUGACGAGAUCAAGUCGGCGGUGCGCUCCAUGACCUACAUGGGCGAGGGCACGUUCACCGGCAGUGCCAUCCAGCAGGCCAGCCAGGUGUUCAAGGCAGCGCGGCCAGGUGUGAGGAAGGUGGCCGUCAUCAUCACAGACGGACAGGCUGAUAAGAGGGACUCGGUCAGCCUGGAGAGGGCGGUGACAGAAGCUCAAAGGAGCAACAUCGAGAUGUUUGUGAUCGGGGUGGUGAACGGGAGCGACCCUUUGUAUGAGGAGUUCAAGAAGGAGCUGUACCUCAUGGCCUCGGACCCCGACAGCGACCACGUGUACCUGAUCGAUGAGUUCAAAACGCUGCCAGAUCUGGAAAGAAAAUUACUUGGCCGCAUCUGUGAAGACGGAGAGAAACAUUUGUUCAGCUCCAUCCCGAGCUCCAGACUUCCUCCGGGAAUCCCAGAGGCCUCUUCCGGUAACGUCCGGGAACCGCCGUACAGGACCGACACAGACACGCCCACCUUCACAGGAGACGCCAGGAGAGUUCAGACGGCGCCUGGACCUCCAGCCUCUCACCUUGACAAAGAAGCCGUCUCUCCACAGAGACCCAAGCCGGACACCAGAACCUCCACAGACAUUCAGAGAUUUCCGUUCUUCGACUGGGAGCCCUUCAGGCCCGUAACAGAGCUCCUCCCCCGGUUUGAGGUUAAGAAUCCCCCACCCAAUACGGUGGUGACCGGAUCCACCGGGCCAGCUGGUCCCACGCUGAAGGCCCCGCUGCCGUCUCCUCUGACCCCCCCACUGUUGACCCCUGACACCCAUGCUUCAGCGGAGCGGUGCAGCCAGAUCCUGGAUCCAGGGCCGUGUCGCGACUACGUGGUGAAGUGGUACUACGAUGCCACGGCGAAUUCCUGCGCUCAGUUCUGGUUCGGAGGUUGUCUGGGAAACAGCAACCAGUUUGAGACCGAGAGGAGCUGCAGAGAAGCCUGCUUCAGGGUCUGACAUGACCACACGGCAGCGGACCCAAGUUCUUAAAUGCUCAUACAACUCUCAGCUCUGACUUUGCAAAGUUCACCGCAGCAUCAGUGCCUCAGUAUUUUUCAUGUGGCUGUGACAUGAAUAUGGAAACAAAACAGCAAAUGGUUUAAAUGCAUUAUUAUAAACAUAAUAAGUCAAAGAUGUAGAGUUUGGGGUUUUAAAUUUAAAUCCUUUUCCUGUUGGUUCGAGGAUUUUUUUUAUUAAUAGUGUGAAACAAGCCAAGUUAAUGAGACGUUACUUACAGUGUUGAGCAGUUGUGUGUUAAAAUAAAAACAAACUUUUUAACCACUAACAUUUCUAUUUUGGAAAAGUAAUGAUGUAUUUUUUUACUUAAUGUCUUAAGAUUUUUAUGUUUGUGUUUAUUAAUACUGUGUAAUAUCAUUGAAGAGAAAAAAAAAAGAGCAAAUAAACU